AUGGGAGCCGCAUACAGAAUUUUUGGGAAGACAUUUCAACCACAUCAACUAGCUAUAGCUACGCUGCUUACUGUUGGGAUAGUGGGCUUUACAAUGACUAGAAAAGGAGGUAAGUCUACUAUUGAUCCAAAUAUUCAACUACAACCGCAGAGGGGUGUAUCUGGGUCUCAAAAAUCCGAUAAUGAUGAUAUCAACGUUGAAAAGUUACUCACCGAACUAAUUGAAGAAAAUGAUGAAACUGUCAACUGA